AAAUACACCGUCAGGGGCCAGAGGCUCUUCAUUCUCCAACUGUACAACACCACAACUGGUGCACCAAAGACGAGCAACAUGGCUCCUUCCCUUUUGUCCACAGCCGCAGGCGUUCUUUUGCUAUUCUCCCUCUCCUCUGCACAGAUGAGGGGAGACUAUUCCGAGGACUGCACACCAAGGGACGGAUUUGGCAAGUACUGCCCGACGACAUGUGGCGUGGCUGACUACCUCAACAAGUACAAGCCGGUGGUGGACAAGGACCUUAAUGAAAUGGAGGACAUCCUGGGUAGAAUAACCAACCUUACCACGGGGGCCACGGAGAAAGUCACCUAUAUGAAGGAUUCGGCAACACAACAUCAGAAGUCUGGUGGAGACGUCCACUAUAAAAGGUCAGCCAGCAUACUGGAUGAUGUCCUGCGCUUCGAGAAGACCAUCGUCUCACAGGAGGAGCAAAUAUAUCAACUCCAGGGGACACUGGAAUCCAACAAGAAGAGGAUGUUAGACCUCAAACAGAUGUCCAUUCAGCUGGAUCAGAAAUGCAAAGAUCCCUGCAAGGAUACUGUGGAAAUCAAACCCACCACAGGGAAAGAUUGCCAGGAUAUUGCCAACAAGGGUGCCAAAACCAGCGGUCUGUACUACGUGAAGCCACUGAAGGCUAAGGAGGAGUUCCUGGUCUACUGCGAGAUUGACAACUUCGGCCGCGGCUUUACCGUCCUGCAGAGGAGACGUGAUGGCAGCGUGGACUUCAACAAGGACUGGGUCCAGUAUAAGGAGGGCUUCGGCUACCUGAGCCCAGAUGACACCACCGAGUUCUGGCUGGGCAACGAAAAGAUGCACCUGCUCUCCACCCAGUCCUCCAUCCCAUACGUGCUGAGGAUCGAGCUCACCGACUGGGUGGGCAACAAGAAGUAUGCCGACUACGCCAUGUUCAAAGUGGGGCCGGAAGUCGACAUGUACCGCCUGACCUACGCCUACUACUUUGGCGGUGACGCGGGGGAUGCGUUCGACGGCUUUGACUUCGGAGAUGACCCCAGCGACAAGUUCUACACGUCUCACAACGGCAUGCAGUUUAGUACCAGCGACAAGGACAACGACAAGUUCCAGGGUAACUGUGCUAUGCAGGACGGUUCCGGUUGGUGGAUGAACCGGUGCCACGCUGCCCACCUCAACGGGAAAUAUUACCAGGGUGGGAAGUACACGGAGAAGGACGCCGGCGAGUCAGGCUACGACAAUGGCAUCAUCUGGGCCACGUGGCACAGCCGCUGGUACUCCAUGAAGGAGACUACCAUGAAGAUCAUCCCCACCAACAGGAUCACGGCGGGGGACGGACAGCAGACCGGAGGGGUCAAACAGUUUGGAGGCCUGUAAACACUACUGAAACAAAUACUGCAAUAUUGACUGAGCUAGAACUUUUCCGGACACAUUUUAAGCCAAAUCCUAAGAAGCACAUGGGGAGUCUAUCAAACAUGUAGUCCAGGACUAACCUUAGGCCUAAAAUGUGUCUGGAAAAAUGGCCCUUUGUCUUGUUGUAUCUAGUGUUUUAUUGGUUCGAUCAAUGUAGUUUUUUUGUCCUCUUGCCUAAAAUAUUGUUUAUGAUCAAAUCGCUGUUGUUGGACCUUGGAAGAUUGGUUUGACUUGUUCUAUCUAGCACCUUCUGUUCGAACAAACUUUAUCUAGUGUCUAUCUGGUUGGUGUAAACAAUUAAUAAAUGUUGUAUUUUUCUAAAUAUA